GGCACUAACUGAAUACUAAUCUCGUUGAGGCAUGAAAUAUAAUACUAAAACCUUGGGAGCGGGAAAACGAUCGUUUCAAAGUCGGUUGUCAUGGCAACCACGCAGCGUGUCGUAUGUUUCCACCACCAUUCUUUCGAGGAAUACUAUAAUACGGAAGAAUAAUUUAAAAAAAUAAUUGAUCAAUGGGUAUUUGGGACAAAUUAACACGAUUACUUGGGCUUAAAAAGAGAGAGGUAAAUGUUCUUGUUGUAGGACUUAAUAACAGUGGAAAAAGCACAGUUAUUAACCACUUCAAAAGUGAGGAAGAGAGAUCGACUGAAAUUGUAGCAACUGUGGGAUUCAAUGUUGAAAAAUUCAGAAAUAAGAAUGUUGGUUUCACAGCGUUUGACAUGUCUGGACAAGGAAGAUACCGAGAUCUUUGGGAACACUACUAUAAAGAAUGUCAAGGAAUUAUAUUUGUUGUGGACAGUAGUGAUAGAUUACGUUUAGUAGUGGUACGUGAUGAAUUAGAUCUGUUACUGCAACAUCCAGAUGUAACUGGCCGCCGAAUCCCGAUUUUAUUUUUUGCAAACAAGAUGGACAUAAGAGAAGCACUAUCAAGUGUAAAAAUUGCAGCUGCCCUCGGGUUGGAACGAAUUUUGGACAAGCCAUGGCAUAUAUGUGCAAGUAAUGCUCUCACAGGUGAAGGACUACAGGAAGGAGUUGAAUGGCUGACUCAACAAAUUCGAGAAUUAGUUUCUAAUAAAUAGGCAUCAAAACCAUUAUUGGUUUUGGUCUCUGAAAAUUAAUAUCCAGUCAAUGAUGGUUACAAGCCCCAUUGCUUCAGAACAUUCUUUGGCAAGCUUAUGACUCACUCUGAUGUAAAUGUAUAUGAUUAAAUAAAUUACACAUUUUGUAAAAAAACAAACAGAAAACGCAAGUAUAAUACAUUAUAAGUUCUGCAAAUUCACAAACUUUAAUACUAAGUGAAUGUAUUUUGUUUUAUAGAGACUAUUUUUUCAAAUGUCCUUAUGUUUCUUAAUGCAGUUCACCUAUCACUUUUUUCUUCUUUGUGUAAGUUAAUUUUAAAAGGUUUCAUCUUGUACUCAGUCCAUUUAUUCUGUAAUCCAA